CAGACGCAUUGGAUAAAAUGGAGAAAGAAAAAGAGGCAGGUGUUACUACUGAGUUAAGCAACCGUCGGAGUAAAAUCAACAACAACAACCAAACUACUGAUUCAUGGAAGGAAGUCUCUCAAGGGGGUCGUAUAGCGUUUCAGGCUCUCUUUGCAAGAGAGAGACUGCCACAAAGCUUUUCACCUCCUCAAGUGGCAGAGAAUGUGAAUGGAAAACAAAGCGAUACGACGUCAAUAAUAAUGCCAUUGUCUCCUCCUCCUCCUCCUAACUUGAACAAGAUUCAAGAUUCUUGUAAUGCAGACCAAGAGAGUGCAGUGGAUGAACCACCGGGCAGCAAGAGUCUUAAGUUGAGAGAAACAGGGUUUAAGCCAUACAAGAGAU